AUGGAUGCUCUUAAGGAACUGAGCGCGGGCAAGGACUGCUCCAAUACAGAGAUGCUCUUCGCUUUGCUGGCACAGAAUGAGGACGUGCGCAAAGAAAUCCCUCUCUGCGCAGGCUGCAACCAACACAUUGUGGACAGGUUCAUCUUGAAGGUGCUGGACAGACACUGGCACAGCAAAUGCCUGAAAUGCAGCGAUUGCCAGACCCAGCUGGCCGAGAAAUGCUUCAGCAGAGGGGACAGCGUGUAUUGCAAAGAGGACUUCUUCAAGAGGUUUGGGACAAAAUGUGCAGCCUGUCAGCAGGGGAUCCCCCCGACCCAGGUGGUGAGAAGGGCCCAAGAUUUUGUCUACCACCUGCACUGCUUCUCUUGCAUCGUGUGUAAAAGGCAGCUGGCCACGGGGGACGAGUUCUACCUCAUGGAGGACAGCCGGCUGGUCUGUAAAGGAGACUAUGAGACCGCCAAGCAGAGAGAAGCGGAGUCCACGGCAAAAAGACCCCGAACCACCAUCACAGCCAAGCAGCUGGAAACCCUGAAAAACGCGUAUAACAAUUCCCCCAAACCUGCCAGGCACGUGAGGGAGCAGCUGUCCUCAGAGACCGGGCUGGAUAUGAGAGUCGUACAGGUGUGGUUCCAGAACAGAAGGGCUAAGGAAAAAAGACUAAAGAAAGACGCUGGGAGGCAGAGAUGGGGCCAGUAUUUUAGGAAUAUGAAAAGAUCCCGGGGGAAUUCAAAAUCUGACAAGGACAGUAUCCAGGAGGAAGGCCCAGACAGUGAUGCUGAGGUCUCCUUUACAGAUGAGCCCUCUAUGUCAGAAAUGAGUCACUCCAAUGGGAUUUACAGCAACCUAAAUGAAGCUUCUCCUGCUUUGGGGAGACAAGCUGGGACCAACGGGAGCUUCUCUUUGGAACAUAGUGGCAUUCCUGCUCAGGACCAGUACCACGACCUCAGAUCCAACAGCCCCUACGGGAUACCCCAAUCACCAGCUUCUUUGCAGGCAUUGCCAGGCCACCAACCUUUAAUCUCAAGCUUGGUUUAUCCAGACAACGGUUUAGGCAUCAUAGCUCAAGGUGGACAAGGCGUGCCCCAGCCAAUGAGAGUCUUAGGUGGGAAUGGACCCAGUUCUGAUCUCUCCACGGGGAGCAGUGGAGGGUAUCCAGACUUCCCUGCCAGCCCUGCCUCCUGGUUAGAUGAAGUGGAUCAUGCCCAGUUUUGAUACAGGACCCAC